GCCGACACUUGAAAAUGGGUAGCGAAGGGUCAUCAAAGCUUCCAAUUCUCAAUUUCUCCAGUGAAAAUCUGAAACCAGGGACGCCUUCUUGUGUCUGUACACGCAAGAACGUGAUCCAAGCCCUCGAAGAAUUUGGCUUCUUCGUAGCGAACUGCGAAGAAAUAAUCCCAUCACAACUGCACGAUGCCACGUUUGGCGUUUUGCAAGAACUCUUCGCUCUUCCCACGGAGACCAAAAUGAAGAACCAGUACCAGAAACCCUUGAACGGCUACGUCGGCCAGAUUGCAAAGCUCCCUCUACACGAGAGCUUGGGCAUCGACGAUGCCACAUCUUUGGAAGGGACUCAGAGAUUCACCGACCUUAUGUGGCCUAAUGGAAACGAUCGCUUCCGCAACAUCAUGAACUCGUAUGCAAAGCUUGCGGCGGAGUUGGACCGGACUGUUACAAGAAUGAUAUUCGAGAGCUACAAUUCUGGGAAGUAUUAUGAUUCUUACAUCGGAUCAACGACGUACCUCCUUCGGCUCUUAAAGAAUAGGGCACCUCUAGAGAACGAGCCAAGUCUUGGAUUUAUCAAUCACACCGACAAGAGCUUCACCACCAUUCUUCAUCAAGACGGCAAAGUCAACGGCUUGGAGGUCGAAACCAAGGCCAGAGAAUGGAUCACUGUCGAGCUUUCGCCUUCCAAAUUCGUCGUCAUGGCUGGAGAUGCAUUAAUGGCAUGGAGCAAUGAUAGGAUACAAUCUCCAAACCACAAGGUGACCAUUAACGGCAAGGAAGACAGAUACUCGCUGGCGCUGUUUUCGUUCAACAAUGGAACUCUACAAGUUCCCGAAGAGCUCGUUGAUGACGAUCACCCGUUGAAGUACAAGCCGUUCGAGCAUCUUGGUCUCCUCCGAUUCUACCGUACGGAUGAAGGGUAUAAAUCCAAGUGUCCAAUCAAAGCCUACUGUGGCGUUUAGGGUCUUGAUUGAUUAGAAAGUGUUGAUAAAUUCCCAGUUACGUCCUCCUAGUCUUGGUGUAACUUGUGUGUCGUGGGUGAUGUCUUUCUAGUCGUCAAGGAAUGACUACUUUUGUUUUUUCUUCUCAUGUGACGUGGAACUCCACCUUGGUGGAUAAAUCUUAAACCCUGUGAAACUC